UAACAUUGCACCUUGACGACAACAAACUAAUGCAAUCGAUCAUAAUUUGGCUGCUAUAAACGGGAUUUUCUCAAUUUUGUGCAACAUAAUUUUUUUUCCAUAAGAAUAUCGUUGUAUAAAUAUAUAGUAUUCUGAUGUAGCAUAAGACUCUCCAGCUCACCUACCAAUUGUUAUUUGUUGCUACACAGUGGUAAAUCUUUUUAUUAGCUAUGUCUGCUGCUGUGAGCCUUGCCCCAGAUCUCAAAGACCUUUCAAGGUCACAUGAUGAUGCCUCAGGAGUCAUGGUACAGAGUAGAGAUGAUUCUAUGCUUCCAGAUUUGAAGUCCAGUGACAAUUACAUUGACAAAAGCAAACCACUUCCAACAUCACUGCAAAGUGAAUUCAUCCCUGAAGAGAUCCUUAAUGCUCUCACAAAGAUCCCAAAGCCAGUUCCAAAGGAUGGUCUUCCAACUGCUCUUAAAACCAAAAAUGCCUCAACAAAUAAAGGAAAUGCACCUGCUGCUAAUCUUUGGAAUUUCCCUAGCCGGAGAAAGAAGUUCCAACAUUUAACAGAUAAUCCUAAAUCAAUGACAGGAGCUGGAAGGGAUAUCUCAUUUUUAUAUGAUGUACCAGUUGUUGAACCCCCUCUCCUAAAACCCGACCUGACAGAUCAGAGUACAAUUAGGGGAUUGGAAAAGCACAAAGUUCGAUUGAAUGGUGGUAAGCAGGGUAUGAUGCUUCCUGAGACAUUGAUUCCAUCUGAAUAUCACGUUGUCAAAUCAAAAGGAGUUCAGAGUCUGGAUUUCAAAGAUGAAAAAUACACAACCCAUCUAAUAGAUAAGCAAGAAGAACCGGUCAGCUUCCCAUCUAUGAAACCAGCAAGUCGGUACGAGGUGCUUCAGCUUAAAGAGACGAUACGUACUAUGUUAGAAAAGGCUGGUGUUGAUGAUGAUGAGGUGGAGAUUAAAGGUCCCACACAAAUACACAAUUUGUUGGAGUUGAUCAAGAAGGAGCAAAGCAUUUACAAUGUUGUCUUUCAUGAAUUGAUCCGACAGGUAACUGUUGAGUGCGCAGAGCGAGGUGAAUUGCUGUCUGAAUUGCGGCAGAGGUAUUGCACUCUCCUUGACAAAGUUCCACGACAGGUGAAAAGCCUGCACCAAGAGGUGAUGGCACAGAGGGCUCUGGAUCGCAGGCUUACAGAAGAACUCUUCAGAUUCAAGUCAUCUAUAUCUGAUCUCACAUCUGAAUUAUCUGAUGUACGACAGCAUGAUAAGCUAGUCACAAAACAGUCACAACAAGCACAGGAAGAUUUGGCACGAGCUCUAAAAGAAUCUGAGAAGAAUUCAAGCUUGCUUGCUGAGUAUCAUGAACUGUACGAGCUUCAACGAAAGCGUCUAGAAAACCAGGUUGCAAGUCUUGCUGGUGAACGAGAACUGUGGAGCCAUGCAGCAUACAACCUGGCUCUUAAGGUCACUGAAGCCAAUGCUUUAAGUACUGCCAGACGUCUGCAUGUUAGUGAGAAGAGCUGGAGUAAGCUAGCCAAGCACUUUGCAGUGGUAUUAAGUGACCGUGACACAGAGCAGCUAUCACAGCUACAGGGCCUCAUAGAGAACCACCGCACCCUCACAACGGAAUUUGAUGCUAACCUACUAAUCGAGGAAAAGAAAACAUGUGAGAGGUUGACAUUAAUCAAAAGUGGUGUGAACCGGUGGAUAGCAGAUUUUUCAGAAAAUGUCAUUACCCUUCCUGGCACAACAGUAUUCACUGAUAGAUCUCCAAGACCCUCAUCCAGGGCUAGUGAAGCCAUGACAGUUGCUAAGGCACCCAGUAAGGAAGUUAUCAGACAGUUGUAUGAAGACUUACGACACUGGGAAGAGAAUCUCAACAAAGAAGUGGAAAGAUUUGGAGGGGAUGUUCUACUUGGCCACGAGGAGAGUAUGUACAUGAUUUCAAAGCAGACAGAACAGUGGACAGAGAUCGCGAUUAAGGUUUUCAGCAGACACAAGCCAGAUAAUGGACAGGAAUACCCUGACCAUGAGAAGAUGCUAAUCAUGAAUAAGCGUACAGAGGAUUUAAAAGAGGAAUGUCAUCAACUAAUGAGGCAGUUUCAGAUCAAAGUAAAUGGAGAAAAUGGCACAGCUAAAAGAUUGAUUCAUCUUACAAACUCAAUGGAAAGCUGGGAUACAAAGCUGAAUGGCAUCCUGAAUGGUGGCGCUAUGCCCCUAAAUGUAGAAUGGGCACGGCUAUACGAAUUGUUUGAUGAUUGGUUGAUGAUUAUUGAAGAAGCCAUCUUAUGUGUCGGGACGAUUCAGACAGAAGAAGAAGCUAAUGCUAAGUUAAAAAAUAUGGUUGAAAUGAAAGACGUUUUCAAACAUGCUCAGAAGUGGCUGACUGUGACAACCAAUGGCAUUGAUAAUGAAGAUGCUAAACUUGCUGACCAGGUUGCUGACUUGCAUUCAAGUAUGAUCCAUUGGGUGAUUCAGGUGUUGUUACACCUGUCACCUGAUUUACCCGGUAGCCCACCUGAGGCAGUGGAAAGUGGCCGGGAAACCACGGACACCAUUGAGACAAUUCAACAGAAAGCAUCCAUGUUGUUCGACAAGCUGACACGUUUUUCUAACUACCUUACAAGCUGUUGCUCCACCAUUGUAGCGGAGGAGCUACAGAAGCAGCAGAUGAUGAGAACGGAAGCUGCCGACCAUGAGAUGAAAGAUCUCAAGAGAAUCAAGACAGAGUGUGUUGAAUGGAUCCACACAGCUACUUUGAUCAUGAAUGAGUUGAGGAACUUUACCCCAGUCAGCCAGAACCCACCAGCAACCCAGGAAUCCUUGACUGCUAGUACUGAUAGUAGGCCAAGCACAACACCUGUGCCUCAGUCUCCUGUUAAACCUGUUUCUGUUGACCCUCAGGGGGAAAAGUCAAAGGAGGCAUCAUUAGUCCAGCAAGAAACAUCUAGCCCUCCAAACAAAGAACAGUCAAGUCCAGAAACAUCAGAGGAGUCCGUGACAGGCCCUGCUCUUCCAACGGGCUCGUCCAUGAGCAAACUCAGUGAAUAUGAUACAAGUAAGAUGGAGGUCAUAGGUUAUGAUGACAAUGUUCGUGUACAGUCAUUGGACGAGGCAACAGAACCCCCAAAGGAAUCUAAAGCACCCUCUACAGUCGGUACCACAAGAUCUGCCACACCUGACACCUCAAAAGCUUAUGAAGCUUUAGCAGCUGUUAACUCUUUGCAAGACCAACUGCUAGUUACUGAAGAACGAGCUUUAAAAUCAGAAAAUCGAGUGGUACAACUAGAAGAGGAGCUGGCGACUGCUCUCGAGAAAUUACGUGCCCUGGAAAGAAAGAGCGCUACACCCGGUCAGUCUGAAAUUGGCACACCAGCACCAUCAGCAGUUGAAAAUUCACAGGCACAGAGCUCUGCUCCUGCAUCAGCAGUACCAACGUCUGCCCAGGCUCAACUCCCCAUGCAUUCACCUAUUCCACCAACAGCGCCAUCACCGUCCACCAGGAGGCCUGGAUCCCAGCAACGACCUCCCUCACAAGCUUCCAAUAGGUCAACCUCAAGAGGUUCCACCAGAUCCAAAAAAAGCAAAUAAACAGCUACAGCAUAUUUAUUUUCUCUUAUUAUGUUUUUGCUAGCUUCAUUAUGGAAAUAUUAAUUGUCAAUAGAAUUUUUAAAAUAUAUUAAUUUUGCAAUGAUCUAUUGUAAAAAUAUUGUGUAUAUGAAAUGAUGUAUAGUGGUACAGAUUAAUUAAAGUAUACUAUUAUAUAUGCA